GAACCGUUCAGAAAGGCUGAGAAGCAAGCAAGAAGAAAUCAACUGAUUUGCGCAAGCUCGGUAAAGAUAUUGGACAUUGGACUUUUUGAGCCAUUAUUGAAGUGGGGAUUCAGUUACCACAUUACAAUGUCUACGGAAUCACAGCUUGAAACUGAUUAUAUGACACUAACUCGCUUCAUUAUAAAAGAACAAAGAAAAUGUCCAAAUGCUACUGGUGAGCUUACACAGCUUAUGAAUGGCCUUCAAACAGCCAUUAAGGCGGUUUCAAAUGCUGUCCGUAAAGCAGGUAUGAUACACCUAGUGUAUGCAGCUGAGGAGUAUUGGUGAAAUUAAAUGAUGAUAUCAUCUUUUGUUCCUUCUUACUUGAUCCAAAAAUAUUCAUCAUUGUAUGUAUAAGAAUUGUACUCAUGUAUACGGAAAUUAUCCCAUACUUAUCUUUUAUGUUAAUGUAUGUCAAUAUUUUGGAAGUCUUGUAUGAAAGAGAGUAUUAGUAUUAUGGUUUAACUGGUGCCAGUAAUGUUCAAGGGGAAGAAGUGAAGAAAUUAGAUGUUCUGUCGAAUGAAUUAUUUAUCAACAUGCUAAAAUCCUCCUAUUCCACAUGUCUGCUUAUCUCUGAAGAAAAUGAUGAAGCUAUAGAAGUGGAGUUAGAAAGACAGGGGAAGUAUAUUGUUUGUUUUGAUCCAUUGGAUGGUUCAUCGAAUAUUGACUGUUUGGGUUCAAUUGGUUCAAUAUUCCUCAUACUACGUUCUCCAUCACAACAUGAGAAAGAUAGGACAUUAUUAAAAAUGGCAUUACAACCGGGUCGUCAAACGGUUGCUGCAGGUUAUGCACUAUAUGGUAGUGCUACAAUGUUAGUUUUAAGCCUUGGGACUGGUGUGCAUGGUUUUACAUUGGAUCCAGCAAUUGGUGAAUUUAUACUUACACAUCCUAAUAUUCGUGUAAAACCACGUGGGAAUAUCUAUUCAAUCAAUGAAGGUUAUGCUAGUCUUUGGGACAAUGCGAUUACAGAAUACAUCAAAAGGAAAAAAUUCCCUCAAUCAGGUAAAGCCUACAGUGCCCGUUAUAUUGGAUCUAUGGUUGCCGAUGUUCAUCGUACUUUAGUGUAUGGUGGUAUUUUUCUUUAUCCAGCUACAAAAACAUCACCUCAAGGGAAAUUAAGACUAUUGUAUGAAUGCGCUCCGAUGGCAUUUAUCAUGGAACAAGCUGGUGGUAUGGCAACAGACGGUCGCAUUCCAAUUUUGGAUAUUCAACCGCAAAAUAUUCAUGAUCGAUCACCAAUAUUCCUUGGAAGUAAAGAAGAUGUAGGUGAAUUAAUGAAUAUAAUUGAAAAAUUUAAUUGAAUCCUAGUCGCUGCUGUUCACUAAGUCACUAAAUGAACUGAUAAAUACAUAGAUAAUGGAAGAGCAGAUAACUAAGUGAAUAUUGUUAACCUGUAUAAUUUGAUUAUAUCUCCAACUCAGGACCAUCUUUCCUCUAGCUUUUUUUCUGAUGUUCUCCUUUUUUAUAGCUCUGAUUUUUCUCUUUUUUCUGCCUUCUUGUUAUAGUUUUUUUGGCGCCCUUUUUCCUUUUUUUUUGUUACAAAACUGCCUAAUUUGAUUAAAUUUUUCUAUCAGUCAUUUUUUGACUCAUUGAGUGUUUACCUACAACCAGUUGGGUAUUGUUCACUGGAUUAGUCACUCAUCUUUCAACCAAGUUCACUUUAUCCAUCUACCGACUUUUGACCAGCUAGAUUAUGAGCUGUCACACAGUUGGAGGGCUCCAUUGACUGAUACACAAGUCCACUGUUCAUUACUAAGUUACACUACUUACCAGACUAUGAGUAAUACUUAUGCCUGAGAUUAUUUUAUGUAUCCAGGCUGGGGAACGUAGGUGGAAACUUACACCCAGGAUUCAUCACUUAAAGUUGAGUGCUUACAACAAAAACGGGGAGAGGGGAUUCCCGAAGUUUUAGUGAGAAUUGACCGGUGGCACCAACCAAGUUGAAUAUGACGGGAGUUACUCAACAACGGGAUUGGAUGGAGGUUGCGCUAUAUCGUGAACUGAUAGAAGUUGAAAAUAUCGACCGUUUGACCCCGACUCAGUGACAAGAUGCUGGCCACGGAACCUGAAGGUGCUGGUUUCGCACUGCUGAAGAGUCCCACACUAGGACGAAGCAAAUGGUGCCCAGUGCUUCCACUUUUCCAAUGUUUCUCCAACUGAUAUCAUUCCAUGAUAAAUACCAACCUGAAACAAUAAAUCCCCACAAACCUCAACAUUAAAAUUAAAUCCAUGAUUUUGGUCACAUCAGCUUCACUGACGAAGAAGAUGAAUUCUUAUCCUCCACAGCAGAUGGCUUCGUACUGCCCAGGAAAGAAACUUAGCGCGUUGAACUUGGCGUACAGCUGUUUAAUGUGUCGGUAUUAGAUGUUAACAUUAUAGACGGAUGCUUGUUUGUUUGCAUAAUCAGUCAGUAUGAGUUCCGGAAAUUCUUUCAGCAGGUCUUCAUGAAUACAACUGUUGACUCCAGUGAAUACCACUAUGUUGUUGGUUUCGGUACCUGUGAUUACCCCAGCAGUAUCAAAGUCGCGUUAACGAUCAAUGAGCUUGUGAUGACUAAUGUCCAACAAAA